GCUUCGUUUAAAAAUAAUUGUAAUUGUAGGCUGUAAUAAAUGUCAAUUCUAAAAGAACCUUAAUUAUACUGUAUAAUAAUAUGGUCACACGGAUAAGUGAAUUUUUGUUCAUUAAGUGAACCAACAAAGUGUUUGACAUUUGUAUGAAUUUUGGGGGUAUUUAUUGUUUAGUAACCGAGAGUUUUCUUAAGAAUUCAGAUCGGAAAUACUAUCGUUUUAAUUCGGGAUUAUAACGGAGGAGACUCUGAUAAACGAAACCAAUACGCGAAAGAAAAAAAUGUGUACUGAAAUAUAUUCACGCAAACGGAUCCUUGAAUCAAAGUGAAAGAGAAAAAAAAUACAGAUACAUGUUUCGUGCAAUUUUAUGAACGACGAUACGCUUAUAAUCAAUUAACAAUGAGAUUAAGGUAAUUUUUCAUGCAAAAUAUUAACAACAAAUGCACAGCGUCACAUAGCGAAAAACCCAGCACUGACCAUACCUUGUUUAUUAUUUCGCAGUAGUAUUGAGUAGUGUUAUUAAAUGUUGUCUUAAGUUAUGCAAACGGUAUGAACCCUCGAAUUUUUUACAAUGAUUUUCAUUAGCAAAAUAUAAAACGGGCGAAAACAGCAAGAUUAAAUAUUCAUUAUACGUUUGCUGAAAUACUGAACGCCGUUGAAAAAAGAGUUGAGACCCAAAAUAAUAAGGACAUCAAUAUUCAUGGGACGUCGGGUCAAAGGUCAGUCAUGAUGCAGACGAGAGUGAUAGGGGUCGUCUCAAAACCGCCCCGGGACCGGAAGCAGACGGAAAUUAGGGUAUUGUUACCAUGGCUUCGUAAGAAGAGCGACCUUCUCAGCAAAUCCAACAACGAGGUAUUGGAAGACAUAAUCAAGAACUGUGACUACCGAUUGGCAAUUAAGGAUGACGUCAUUGUUACCCAGGGAGAAAAGGGCGACUGUUUCUACAUCAUGCUGUCGGGAAAGACGUCGGUUUUUAUCGAUACGACAAAAUCUGACGACGACGAGGCUGGGCCGGAUCAAGUGAUCCCGACUGCAGAGGCUGCUGAUGGCGACACGGCACAUCACGGCUGGCUAACCGGAAGAGGUUCCCCUGAGGCUGAUGACGGAACCGGCGACACGACGAAAAAGAAGCCACUCGACCGGUCGUCAUAUGGGAAAUUUAUCAUACAUUUCGACGCCGGCAAAAGUUUCGGUGAGAUAGCGUUGAUCAGCGAGGAUAGCGUACGGAACGCUACGGUGAUUGCCGACGAGGAUACGGACCUGCUCGUCAUUCACCGGGAUCUCUUCAACCGCUCCAUGAAGGCGCAACAAGAAAAGGAAUACGCGGAGCGGAAGGCGUUUAUCGCUGAGUGUCGGCUCUUCUCCGACUGGUCGGCCAAGUUCAAGCAUCUCCUAGAGAUGAGUAUCCGCAAGGAAGUGCUCCCGUAUGGCGCGCCGCUCAUGAAACAGGGAGAGCCGGCAGACGGCAUCAUGUUUAUUGUCAGCGGCCAGGCGAAGCUGACGACGGACCCAGGACGCCACGAGCAGCAGUACUCGCAGCUGAUGACGCAGCGCUCCGUCAUCGAACAGGAGUUUGGCAGACAUAACAAGGAGAAUGUGUACCAGAAGGCGCCCGGUGGCCUCACGCAACAGCAGAUUCGGGUCCGCCGGAAGGAGGGGUACGCGGCGGCAGAAAGGCGCUUUAUGAACAAGACCAUCGACCUGUGCACCAUUGAGAACAAUGAAGUCAUAGGUGACCUUGAGGUUGUCAUGGAGAUGAGCACGUGCUCAGCCACGGUCACGUGCACUGCGACCACCACUGUGUUCAUUCUAGACGCCAAGAACUACGAGCGCCUCGUACUGAAAAAGAACACGCAUACCGUGACGAAACUCAAACACGGCGUCUUGAAGAAACUUCAGAGUCGUAUUUCGACUACAAACGGCGCGCAGGUUCCGCUGUUUAAAAUCGUGCACGAUAAACUCGAGGAAGAACGGCGGCCGAAAUUCCGCGAUGAUAACAAACGUAUAAAAGUGGACGAUGAAAGGAGUAUGAAACUGGCGCAGAUGGUGAAGUUGUAUCUUAGCGACAGAGGGCCGCUUUUAGAUCCUCUGUUGCCGGAUUCGUUCCACGCAAGACUGAUGUCGGAAAAACGAAACAAGCUUUUGCAGAAGCGUGAUAAUAAGAAGUCGGAAGCGGCCGCGUUACUAAGACAACGCCGCAUGAGGGUCCCGAGGUCUUUGAAGCAGCUGCAAACGAGCGCCGCGGAGUCAGAGCUUCUACAUCCUGGCGGAAGCUGGUUGGCGCCCAGCAAGCCAUCCAAAGAUGCCCACGUCCGACCGAAAACCGCUAUUGGAAUUGAAUCACGUUCCGACAUCGAACGCUCUGGGUCUCCCGGAAGUGGCGGCGGAGGUGGCUCGAGGCAAGACGGAAGGGGAGGCGUGUUCCACUUGACCGAGUGCGAGGCUGGUGACGUGCCCGGGGAAACCGUUCUUAAAGAACGGGCGGUGCUGGUGACACAGACGUUUGAUCAUAUGUUUCAACAGAUCGACAAUCUCCAACGAGAGAAAUCCGAGGCCAGAUUAAAGAUGAUAUGCUCGGUGGCGGCCAAGGCGGAACUGCGGGACGAGACAGAGCGUGCGCACCUCGGCUACACGGCAGACGACAUGUACGACUUGCAUGCAGACGACUACUUUGACUACGAAACGAGCGCGGGAAAGCUGAAGAACCUCGAGCAGCGCGUGAAGUUGUUCUGUGAUGAGGUGAGACAGAAGCGCUACAACGACCCUCUCCGCGUGGACGAGAUGAGGACAUUCCAAGUAAAGGAUGCAGACAGCGUCCCAAUUACUGGAGGCACAGUCUACGUUAGCCGUCGUCCCUGCAUCUAUCCCAAAAGCGCUCGCACGAAAAACGACGCGCAUCAACACAUAAGACGCUUUAUAAUAACACGUGAUCAAAAUAAAUAUACGUCAUCGUCGGCGGUGCUUCGCCCAAAAUCGGCCAUGCCGUUUACGAGUAAACAACGUGAGCGGCCCAAAACAGCCUGGUGAUGACGUCAUUUUUGAUGGUGACGUAGUUAUAUUUACAUUAAAUUUACGCAAGAUAUAUGCAAUAAAAUAUACAUGUUUUACUUUUUGUAUAGUAUAUAAUAUCAUUUACAUAAUGUUACAUUGUAGUUGGAAUUAUUCUUUAUUUAUAUAUUCUGUCAAUAAAUGAUGAGUCCAAACGA